UGGGAUAAAACAAUCGGCAGACUACGGCCGGUAUGAAACCUGUGUACCCAUUUGUGAUACUGGCAGAACUUAUAAUAUAACAUAUAAUAAUACUGCUGAACAGCGCUAGUUCGUUUACACAGCGACCCUCCGGAGAUGUUUACUCCAGUAUGUAUGCAUAAUUCAGGUAGAAUUUGUUAUUAACUUACCGUGGAUAUAUAUGGACCUGUUCUCAUACGUGGGGAGUACGUGAUCGGAUGAAUUAGAUCGUGAGUCGAACAGGUAGCUAGAUAUGGCGGAAACCAAUGGACAUGUGGUCCCGGUUCUGCGAGAAGAUAUUGGAAGUCGGGGAAUAGACAGACGGAAGGACAUACGCAUGUGUAAACGCCAUACGAAGAAAAAAGUCAGAUAUGUCUGUGAAUCGUGUGGUGGUGAGAAAAUAUGCAAAAAAUGUUUAAAAUCUACCCACAAAGAUCAUCAGAUUGUUAGUGUGUCUAAGCCAAAAAAGAAACGUCGCCAAGCUGGAUCGAAGACUCUAGAGGAUUUAAUUGGAAGCAGUGGUGGUGAUUCGGAGAAAGUCGUGGAUAUUGGUAAACAGGACAAUGAAGAUACCACGGCGAUAGACUUACUGGAGAACGCACAGAAGACGAUUGAAGAUAUAGACGUGAAAGUAAAAGAAUUCACCAAGGCGAGGAAAGAUUUAAAACAUGCCACGCAUGUAGAAGUGGAAAAGGUGAGAGACAGGGCCGCCGCUCUGAAACAGCAGGUUGAUGAACUCGCAAUGAAGCUAGAGAGCAGGCUACGAGACUUCCGGAAAACGAAAGAUACGAUUUUCAAAGAUCACGAACGAGCUCUGAAGGAAUGUUCAAAAAAUUUAAAAGACUACUGUAUAAAAUGUAAAUCUACGCAGAAUGAAUCCUCCAGUGAUUCCGGAUUACACGUCGAGAAAAGUUUUGACAUUCAACAUGAAAUAGAACAGUUUCUCAACAAAGAGCAGCACUUAGAUAUUCCAGUGGCCACAAUGGACGAGUUUGUCCCGUGUACUACCUCACUGGAGCACAUUAUGAAGGUGUUCGGUGAUAUGGAUUUGCAGGAAAAGACCAAUGUGUUAAGCAAGAGAAAGAGUAGUAUCGUACCAACAUGCUUGGAAUUUACAGAAAUUUCAGCCUUUCAGUUCGAGGGUGAGGUAAUGCGGUCCAUCUGUCCGACACCGGAAGGAAGUUCGUGGAUCGUGCGCGAGACAAACAAUAUGGUUUAUACAGACAUACAGCAUGUGACUAACGACGGGGAAGUAGAAUCGUCGAGCGUUUUUGGGGCAGGUGUCCUUGACAUUGCUUCGAACAUGGGCGACUUGACACUGGUCAGCUGUACCGACAACACUGUCCGAAGAGUGCUUCCAGAUGGUCAGUCUUUUGUCCGGUUUCGAACCGAGGCUAGACCAGAAAGUAUUUGCUUCCAGUCCAAUAACAAUGUGGUCGUGUGUUUCUUUAAGAAAAAGAAAGUUGCCGUGUUUAACCUUAAGGGGAGACAACUCCUGUCUUGCACGGAUGCAAAAUCGGAAGCGGAUUUCAUAACGCAUCCCUUUCGAGUUAGGUCGAACCGGAAGAAUGACGACAUAGCUGUUCUCAAUGCCGAUCCGUAUUCAUUGGUGGUGAUGGACAAAAACCUCAAUCUCAAGUUCAUCUACAAUAGUUCUACCUACUAUCCCAAGGAUAUCCAAGAAGGCGGUUUAGCUCAAGUGGCGCACCCAAACUUCCCUGUGCUUCCUAAUGACGUGUGCUUUGAUAACAGACAUAAUAUUCUGCUCUGUGACGCCGCCAGCAAGUGCAUUUUAACGCUUGAUUCCAACGGUAGUAUGCUCAGAGCAAUCUGUCCUGAAAAUGACCUACCUUCGUCCCUAUCGUUGGAUAUAAAUAACUUCCUAUGGGUCGGAUACCACAAUGGACAGGUGAAAAUAAUCGAAUUUUGAUUUCAGUUACAAUGAUAUGUGCAUAAAAGUAUUGAUACUUUGACGAUGAUCCUCGAAAAUUAUAAUUAAAGAUGAUCGUCCGGAACUUUUAGAAACGUUCUGUCUGUGAUAAUAUUGAUAUAGUCACCUAGAAUCUAUUGUAUGGUAGAAUUGAGUUUUAUUUAUCACGUAUCAACCCCCCC